AUGGAGCAACUCAACAGUGCUAACCUUGAAGACAAAACCACCGGUACUUACCUGAUUACCAACCAACAACCCCAUGAUGAGUUUCCCAAGCAAUACAUUUGGCCCAAAACUGAUCAAGAUGCUGCUACUGAAGUGCUAAAUGCACCGGUAAUAGACCUAGAUGGAGUUUUUACGCAUGAUGAACAUGCUAUAGCUAAUGCAGUCAACCUUAUUAAGGAAUCAUGCACUGUCCAUGGUUUCUUUCAAGUCAUCAACCAUGGCAUUGAUCUUGGAUUUCUUGCGUUGGCUGAUGAACACGGUCGUGCUUUCUUUAAUCUUCCAAUAACCGAGAAAAUGAAGUGCACGAAAAAAGAGGGGAGCAUGGCUGGUUUUACCAGUGCACAUGUUCAUCGGUUUUCUGAAAAACUGCCAUGGAAGGAGAUGUUAAGUUUCGAGUAUCAUGAGAAUGGUCCUGAAGAAGUUGUUGUUGAUUACUUUAAUUCAACAUUGGGUAGCCAAUACAAAGAAACCGGCUUGAUCUACCAAAGGUGUUGUCAAUCGAUGAGGAAAUUAGCUCUUAACCUUAUGGAGUUGUUGGAAAUCAGUUUGGGUGUUGAAGGGCAAAACUACUAUAGAAAGCUGUAUGAAGACUGUAUUUCACUGGUGAGAUGCAACUAUUAUCCCAAGUGUAACCAGCCUAACCUAACGCAUGGGGUUGGACCCCACUGUGAUCCGACCACAAUCACCAUACUCUAUCAGGAUCAAGUUGGAGGACUAGAAGUGUUUGUGGAUAACAAAUGGAAAUCAAUUACACCCAAUCCUGAUGCCUUGGUCAUCAACAUCGGUGACACCUUCAAGGCAUUAUCAAAUGGAAAGUAUAUGAGCUGCUUGCAUCGCGUAGCAGUGAAUAGAUUCGAACCAAGGUUGUCGGUGGCAUUCUUCUUGAGCCCAAAAGGAGAUAAAGAGCUAAAACCGCCACAAGAUUUAAUCAAUAAAGAUGGAGAACAAAAAUACCCUAGUUUCAAAUGGGAACAAUUUCUCGACUUCACUCAAACGCAACACAGAGCUGAUGAGAACAAUCUUGAAGAGUUUAUCAAAUGGCUCAUGUCUUCCAAAAAUCCCCAAUCUGUAGUUGCUUGA